AUGUUGGUCGGCGCUUGGCUCAACACUAGCAAGGAUCCGAUAACUUCCAACCAGCAAAAACUUGCAUCCUUUUGGGGGAGGAUUGCGAAAUACUUUGCAUCAUGUCCGAAUGUUGUGGGUCGGCCAAAGAGAGAGGCGAGUCACUGUAAGCAGAGGUGGGGGAGGAUAAACGACUUGGUGUGCAAGUUCGCUGGAUGUUAUGAGGCUGCGACUAGGGAGAAGUCUAGUGGACAGAAUGAAGAUGAUGUGAUGAAAUACAAUCAAAAAUGGUGUGUCUCCACAUCUAUUAAAGGUAAUGGAGUGAAAAGGGGAAGAGCGAGUAUUGAUGGGUCUGAACAGGAUGCACACCAUCCGAUUGAUGUGGAUGAAAUAUUGCCCCGUCCUUCUGGUGUUAAGGCUGCCAAGGGGAAGUCCAAAAAAAGCUCUAACACCCAACCGAUUGAUGUGGAGGAAGAUGGGAAAGCUUACUUGGAGUUUCAGUUGGAUCGAGUUUCGAAGAUGUAUGAGAUGAAGCAGAAGGAAUUUGAAUUGAAAGAGAAGGAGUUCGCUAUGAAGAAGGAGCAUAUCAAGCAUGUGAUGCUUGAAAAUCUGAUUGCUAAAAAGGAUUCACUAACUGAAUCAGAAAAAGCUCUUAAGGAGAAGCUAAUUGAUGAUAUGAUGUCAUCAGGUUGA